AUGCUGUCUGGCCACGCAACUCGUGCUCUUCGCGAACAAGAAUUUCACCGCAAAGUUAUGCGGGCUGGCAUGAGCUUGCCUGUCAAGCUGAGCUAUGUGGACGCUCCCAUAGUUGACGCUCAGGAUGAGUUUCAGAUUGGGCACCUUCCGUUUCUUGCGCUGUCAGCUGUGUUGACAGAGCUUCUUGGCCUGGGCCUGCUGCAGACCAGCAUAGAUGCGGCAGCCCUUCCUGAGUACUGGGCACGCACCUUGCUCGACUUCCCAGACCACAGCUUGUGCAGCAAGCCCGAUAUGUGGGCGCGCGCAGCCUCGCGUAACUUGGCGUUUGCCUGCCCCGUGAACAUGUACCACAGCCACGAGAAGGUGAACCAGACGCUCCAAGCUUUGCUGCAGGCCGUAAAGGCUGACAUGGACGGGCUGGCGAAAGGUGUGUCUGAGGUUUGGACCUUCCACGUGGUGGCCUGCAAGGGCGACCUCAAGUACUUGGCGCAGGCGCUGAACCUCACGCGGUUCCCAGGCUGUGAGGAGGUUUGCUUCCGGUGCCUGGCGUCGAUGGGCCGUCAAGACCCGAGUUUGGUGUACACGGACCUGUCGGAGACCGCUGCGUGGCGCACGCGGCCUGCGCCAGAUCCCUGGUCUGAGCGCCCGUGCCUCUCCUUACUGGAUGGCUUCAGUCUGCGCAUGGUCAGCACCGACUGGAUGCACACCUGGCAUUUAGGAGUAGCUAGGGAUCUUGUAGGCGCUGCGAUGAAAAUUUGCUUGAAGUCGCAGUUCUGGCCUGGUCCCAACUUGCCGCGGCGGUUCAGUGAAGUGCAGCGCAGGCUGAACGACUUCAAGGCCCAGCACGGACUGCAGAUGCACUUGAAGCGGCUAUCCAAAAGCCGACUCGCUUGGGAAGAUGGCACUUGCCCUGAGUUCAAGUCCAGCGCGGCAGACACUGGCGUGAUGAUUCGCUUUGUGGCCAGCGAGCUGUCAGAUCGUCUGGUUUCAGAGCCAUAUGAAGGCCUUGCAGCUUGCGCCUGGUUGGCAGAUCAGCUUCAAGAAGCUGUCAUGCGGGCUGGUCUUUUCCUCUCUGAGUCCGAGGUGGAGCAGACUUUAAUGUAUGGCCGUGCGUUCCUGGCGUCGUACAUGAAGCUUGCUAAGCUAGCAAAUGUUCGUCGCGAGCUCUACUUCAAGGUACGGCCAAAGUAUCACUACUUGACUCAUCUGAUCGAGGAUGUGCAGACACGUCCGUCCAGGCGAAGCUUGGGCUGGGACUCUUGCUGGAUUGACGAAGACUGGGUCAAGGUCAAUCUUCGCAUGCUUCGUAGGAUGUCGGCUAGGACGUGCCAUGAGCACCUGCUCUAUAGGAAUUUGAUUGUAGUUAGGCAUGAGCUUGAGAAGCGUGGUCGGUGA